UGUAGUCAAUUUCUCCCCGACCUACCUUGAGAUCCGGCUCCUAGGACUCUGUUUCCCAGCAUGCGUUGCUUUGGGCCUCGUCCCGGACUAGUCUGUGCCUCUGGAGUCCCGCGGGUUGGGAUCUGAACUGCGGCUAGAGCUUGAGGAGAGCAGCCGGACGGGGCCUGGAGAGUCUGAGGAGAACAGCUGGCCGGGACUUGGAUAGCACAAGGAGUUCAGCCGGCUAGGGCUAGCGAAGCUGGAUGAGAGACGGAAACACAGUGACAGAGGGAGGCCUGUGGCUUUCUCCCCUCUGGUGGAACCUUGCCCAGCUGGCACCUCACCAUGCUAAAGUGCAUCCCCUUGUGGCGCUGUAACCGCCAUGUGGAGUCAGUUGACAAAAGACACUGCUCCCUGCAGACCGUGCCUGAGGAAAUUUACCGCUACAGCCGCAGCCUGGAGGAGUUGCUUCUGGAUGCCAAUCAGUUACGAGAACUUCCAAAGCCAUUUUUUAGAUUGCUAAACCUGAGGAAAUUGGGCCUAAGUGACAAUGAGAUCCAGAGGUUACCUCCAGAGGUAGCCAAUUUCAUGCAGCUGGUGGAGCUGGAUAUAUCCCGCAAUGAUAUUCCAGAAAUCCCGGAAAGCAUCAAAUUCUGCAAGUCUCUGGAGAUAGCCGACUUCAGCGGGAAUCCCCUGUCUAGACUUCCUGAUGGAUUUACCCAGCUGCGCAGCCUGGCACAUCUGGCACUUAAUGAUGUCUCCCUGCAGACCCUGCCCAGUGACAUUGGGAAUCUGGCAAAUCUGGUAACGCUGGAGUUACGAGAGAACCUCCUGAAAUCUGUUCCUUCGUCUCUGUCAUUUCUUGUUAAGUUGGAGCAACUUGAUCUGGGAAGCAAUGACCUACAGCUUCUGCCGGACACAUUGGGAGCUUUACCCAACCUACGGGAGCUGUGGCUGGACCGGAACCAACUGUCUGCGCUGCCUCCGGAGCUGGGAAACCUCCGUCGUCUGGUUUGUCUUGAUGUGUCUGAGAACAAACUGGAGCAGCUGCCCACGGAGAUCAGUGGCCUUGUGUCCCUCACGGAUCUGCUGCUGUCUCAGAACCUGCUCAGCGCUCUCCCCCCCAGUUCAGGUCAGCUUAAGCAGUUGUCUAUUUUAAAGGUAGAUCAGAACCGCCUCACCCAGCUCACAGAAUCAGUUGGUGACUGCGAGAACCUGAGCGAGAUUAUACUAACUGAGAACCUGCUGACGAGUCUCCCUAAGUCCAUAGGAAAUCUGACCAAGCUGACGAAUCUGAACGCUGACCGGAAUCGGCUCUUGUCUCUGCCCAACGAGAUCGGAGGCUGUUCCAACCUUAAUGUGCUGUCCUUGCGCGAUAAUCAGCUGUGCUCCCUCCCCCCUGAACUUGCCAAUGCUACUGAACUUCAUGUGCUGGACGUGGCGGGUAACAGGCUGCUGAACCUCCCUUUUGCUCUGACAAACCUCAAUCUGAAGGCGCUGUGGCUGGCUGAGAACCAAUCCCAACCAAUGCUCAAAUUCCAGACUGAAGAUGACGAGAAAACUGGAUCCAAAGUGCUGACCUGCUACCUCCUGCCUCAGCAGCCCUCUCUCAGCUUAGAGAAUCUGCUUCAGAACAGCGCUGAUGACAGCUGGACCGAUGGGAACCUCAAUCGUGUCAGCGUCAUACAAUUUCAAGAGGAGCCCAAAAAUGAGGAAGAGGAUGAUGAGGCUGCAGCAGAAAGAAGGGGACUGCAGCGACGAGCCACUCCACAUCCCAGCGAACUGAAGGUUAUGAAGAAAGGGAUUGAGGUGCGGAGAAAUGAGAUGUGCUCCCCGAAAUCUGACCUUUCUCCUAAUGAUGAGGACAAGCGACUCAGUGGUCUGUCUAGUCAGAGUGGGGAGUCUCAGCGUAGCGGCAGCACUGUCUCAGCUGGAUACCAGGAGGAACAGCAGAACAGAGAGCUGGCGAGAGCAGCCAACCAGUUGCCUGAGGAGGAGGAGGAGGAAGAAGCAGAGGUGUACGAUGAGAUGGAGGUUGAGUACAUUGAGCCUACAGUUCACUUUGCUGAUGAGCCGGUGGUGCACUGUGAUGAAGAUGAUUAUGAUGAAGGUCGAGAGUCCCCAGUGGAGAAGCAGCGUCUUAUACGCAAGGACACUCCCCACUACAAGAAGAACUUCAAGAUUACAAAGCUGCCAAAACCAGAAGCUGUGGUGGCCCUUCUGCAGGGCCUGAGCACGGAGGGACUGCCAGAGGAAGAAGAAGGUGAAAACGAGGGCUUUGCUAGAUGCUCACAGCCACCCGAUGAGGAUCAUGAUGAAAUGGAAGAGCCAGAUAGAGAGUGGGAGUCUGAGGAGACCAGAGAGGAGAGGCUCAACGCCCAGCAGAACAUAAAGGGUGUGUCGUUUGAUCAAGUGAAUAAUCUUCUGAUUGAGCCUGCUCGGAUAGAGGAGGAAGAGCUGACUCUUACUAUCCUGCGGCAGACUGGUGGUCUUGGAAUCAGCAUUGCAGGGGGCAAAGGAUCCACCCCUUACAAGGGAGAUGAUGAGGGUAUCUUUAUAUCUCGUGUGGCUGAAGAAGGUCCAGCUGCUCGUGCAGGAGUGCGGGUCGGAGACAAGCUUCUAGAGGUGAAUGGUGUUGACUUGCACAAUGCUGAACAUCACACGGCAGUGGAAGCUCUGCGCAGCUCUGGUAGCUCAGUCUCCAUGAUUGUACUGCGAGAGAGGAUGGUGGAGCCUGAAAACCCCAUCACGGUCACUCCCUUGCGCCCGGAGGAUGAUUAUAAUCCCCGAGACAGACGCAGCGCUAUCCACUUACCAGAAGAAGAGGAGGAGGAGGAGGAAGGCUCCCUUCGUAGACCGUGCCAAAGGAUCUCUACCUGCCUCAUGAGAAAUGACAAGGGGCUUGGGUUUAGCAUUGCUGGAGGUGUAGGGAGCACACCAUACCAUACUGGGAACACUGGAAUCUUCAUCUCUCGUAUAGCAGAGGGCGGCGCAGCACACCGGGACGGGGCCCUUUGUGUAGGGGACAAGGUCAUCUCUAUCAAUGGGGUAGACAUGACAGAAGCCAGACAUGAUCAGGCAGUAGCCCUGCUUACCAGCACCUCCCCCACCAUCACUCUACUAGUGGAGAGAGAGCCCCCCCAGCCAGGGACUCAGGGAGACCCAGGAGCUUCGCCUUCCCUGCAUAGAGCCCGUCCUCGGUCACCACCACCCCCUGUGGACAGUGAAAACAUAGAGGGAGAAGAGGGGACCGGACCUUUGCAGAACCACAGCAAACAAAGAAUGGAGGAUGAAUAUCCAAUUGAGGAAAUUUUCCUUGUAAAAUCUGGGGGCCCCCUGGGUCUCAGUAUUGUGGGAGGUAGCGACCACUCCAGCCACCCGUUUGGCAUCAAUGAACCUGGAGUCUUCAUCUCCAAGGUGAUCGCCCGCGGAGUUGCUGCUCGCAGUGGCCUUCGGGUCGGUGACAGAAUCCUGGAGGCAGCAGGAGUGGAUCUCAGACAUGCCACACACCAAGAAGCUGUGAAUGCGCUACUGUCACACUCCCAGGAGCUUAGACUGCUAGUGAGGAGGGAUCCGCCUCCCCCGGGCAUGCAGGAGAUCUGUAUUGUGAAGGCCCCUGGAGAAAAACUAGGGAUAAGCAUUCGGGGUGGUGCCAAGGGCCAUGCAGGAAAUCCCUUAGAUCCCACAGACGAGGGCGUCUUUAUCUCCAAGGUUAGCUCUUCUGGGGCAGCUGCUCGUGACGGACGUCUAAAGGUCGGGAUGCGUAUCUUAGAAGUGAAUCAGCAGAGCCUGCUGGGAAUGACUCACACUGAAGCUGUGCAGGCGCUGCGCAGCAUAGGGGACACACUGCUUAUCCUUGUGUGCGAUGGAUUCGACCCUAUUGCUACUGCUUCCAUGGAGGUGUCUCCAGGGGUAGUCGCCAAUCCUUUUGCUUCUGGCAUUGGGAGAAAAAAUAGCAUGGAAAGCAUCAGCUCAAUAGACCGGGACAUGAGCCCUGAAGAAAUGGACAGAAUGCAAAAGGAGAUGGAAAUGGUUCGGGAGGCCACACAGUGGGAAAAAGAGGACAUGCAGAAAGUGGAGAGAAUGCGUAGGGAGCGGGAGGAGGCCACACGACUCCUCGAGGAGGAGGCUGAGGGUUGCAGCAAUGAGCCGCUGAAGCUGGACUACAAGACCCUGGCAGCUUUACCCAGCAGUGGUCUUCCCAAAGGGAAUCGGCUCCCUGUGGGAAUGGACACCACCUGCUUUUCUGUGGCCUCUGUCCAUCUCGGCCCUGAGAUCGUAGCCAACGGCCCAUCAAGCCUCCCUGCUGCCCCAGCCACCACUGCACUCCCAAACCUCCCUCCUUCCCCUUCGGCUGAGCCGAGGGAGUUGGAAACCCCCAUCAGUAGCACAGACACAGAGGAGGUUCUGGUGGACUCCCAGUCAAUCCUUUUCAGUGACAACCCCUUCGUGGUGGCUAACAGGAAGCGGUCAGGGGCUAAUGGAGCAAUCAUUGGGGUGCCACCCACCGGAUAUGGCAGUUCUGGGGUCCUGAAGACCACUUUGUAUUCCUCCAAAAAGAUACCAUCAGCAGACUCCUCCACUGGAGCCAAGAGGGAUGCCCCCUGCUCCCCCAGUACACCGCAGCAGGCUGUCGCACCUCGGUCCUGUCACUUGUCUGGCAGAGAGACUCGUUUUGCAUCUAUUAACUUUGUAUCUCACAACGAUAGCCGAACUACGCCCUCUCCCCUGCCUUGUGGUGGUCUUCCUGCUGAUGCUAAACAGGCUUAUAAAACCUAUGCGGCUGUCCCCUCAGCUCUCUCUGGCCAUGAGCAGCAGGAGCCCACCACUCCCAGGACCCCAGAUCUGUCAAGCACCACCCCUGAGUUCUCUCCUGGGGUCUUAGACAGUCCUGAACAGCGCUCGUUCCGUGAUAGACAGAAGUAUUUUGAAAUGGACAUGAAACAGCAACAGGUGGAGCGGCCCCCAAAACGGGUAUCCUUGGUGGGAGAGGACGACCUGCGGAAGAUGAAGGAGGAGGAAGCCCGAAAGAUACAGCUGAAACGGGAGCAGCUCCUGCGAGAAGAAGAGGAGGGCGUUGCUGCAGAUGCCAGCCCGAGAACAGCAGGACCCAGUACGCCCACCAGUGUCUUCAUUGAGGGUGUAGAAUAUAAGGUUGAGCGGUUGGAUGGUGGCAGCCUGUCAUCCUCACUUACUGGAUUGUCCCAGACUGACUCACAAAGGAAUUCUCUAGAAGACGCCUUCAGAAUUGAGCAGAGACCAAGUUCCAUGUCUGGGCUGAACCCUGUGUACCCAGGAGGCUCGGAGGUUGGAGCACCUAUACGCACUGCCAAAGCAGAAAGACGUUUGCAGGAGCGGCUGAGAGUGCAGAGCCCAGAACUAACGGAACAAGAAAUGCAACUGUCACCUGCAGAAAGGCGAGCACUGCAAGCGGAAAAGAGAGCAAUGUGGAGAGCCGCUAGCACUCUGGAGGACAGUAUUAAACAGUAUGAGCAGUCUCUGGCCAAGAAGCUCUACCAGUCCCGCCAGCUAAGGCCUCAAUCCCCAGACGACAGCAGAAUGAAGUCCUUGGAGCAGGAUGCUUUGAAGGCUCAGGUGGUGAUCGCUCGAUCCAAAGAGGGUAGGAAGCGCAGCACCCUGGACCAGCUUGCAGAGUCCCCGUCACCUGCACCCACUCCAUCACCCACGCCUUUAGAAGAUUACAGCCCUCGGCUCCUGACAUCCCCUGGGAGAUUGUCUCACUCAGACAAGAAGUUUGACUACAGAGAGUUUGCUGCUAUUCCGUCUUCCAAACCCGUGUAUGACAUACAGUCCCCAGAGCCAUCUCCGGGCCUGAAGUACUCUGUGGACAGCAGAACAUCAGCCCCCUGUAAUCUAGAGGAAGAGAUUCCACAACAAGAGGAGUUAGAGGAAACAGAAGAUCAGGAGCCAGACCAUAUCCCCACAUCCAACACAUCAGCACUGGAAGAAAUGGCCAAUUACAGCAACAAAAGGAAACUUCGACACACUCGGAGAAGUCUGGAGACUGCAGUCCCCACAUAGAUGCUUCUGAGCACCCUACUGGCACUGUGAAUACUUACUACACACAGACUUUUCACAAAAGGAGAGAAGGGGCCAUCCCUUCCUUGGAGCUCUGAGAUGAGCCAGACCAGGCACUGACUACUCAAUCAGAGACACUGCAACCCUGAUAACUCAGUGUUCCUGGAAUUGCUGCUUGGUGGCGGGAAUUGUACUGAUUAGAGCUUCUGGUGCCAGGUGUUUAGCUGCUUAUUACUCUGAUGAUUGGUGGCAGAUUCAUGACGCCUGCAUGCUGGUUUACACCUGGAUUUCCAGCCAGUAUGCUAAACUCAACCAGCUUAAAACUUGUAGAAUUAGCCAGCCAUUUCUAACUAAGCAAACAGCUAGGAAAAUGAUAAACAUCGGUUCAUUUGGGAGCAAAAGAAGUAUGGUAUGGCGCACUCAGCCUUCUUAAUGUUGAAGUUAGGUGCUCAAGAGGACAUUAGUAAGGAAAGUUAGGUAUGGUAGCAAUGACAAACUUUUAGAGGAGAAUUUUCUGUUUGCUUUGGUUACUUGGAAGUGAAUUAUGGUUCUGAAUCUGCACAUCAUGACCUUGGAUUAUUGGUGGCAGUAGUGGGAUUUUUCUCUGAAUUGAGAAGAAACAUUGACUUACAGUCCUGUAGUUAGAUGUGCAGAAUGUUUCAAAUGAAACUAAGAAUGAGGUUGAUGGAGUUAGUUUGCUUUUUUGCAUCCAAUAGAUUUUAGAGUGGGGUGAUAAUUCGUAUAUUUUUUUCCCUGUGCCCAUUCUUCUCACUUGUAGCCCAGUAAUAUUUGAUUUUAAUUGAUCAUCUUGUAUUGCCCAGUCUAGCUUAGAUAGUUUAGUCUUCCAAUUUUAAUUGCUCCCUGUUUUUAAUUACCUAACAUGGUUAUGGUAGUAGAUGGGUAUCCAUGAAGUUGCAAUAUGAGGAACGUUAGAUAACAGGGGUGGACUCCAUUUUUGUAAUGGGGAAACAGUGGUGAAAGAAUGAUUGUUACCUGUGCUUUUUCAGGAUGUCUUUGAGGGGUGCUGAAUGGUUAUGUUCUCUGGGUCGUUUGAGAUAUGAUUGUUGAUGUCUCUUGAUUAUCAGAAUUGUGGUGGUGGGUGCAUUUGUAUAUUUAUGGAUGGGUGUGUCUAUUUAUAGUGUGUGUGUGUGUAUUAUUAGUAUGUUUGUUUCACUGGGGUGAAUGUUGAAUGGACCUCAUCUCACUGCCAUGGUCUGCCCCAUUGGCUGCUAGUGAAGUUGGCGGCCAAGGUGAUAAGUCCCUCUUUAUACAUUACUGGAAUGUGCCACUGAGCCUUUAACAUAUCAAUAGGGGUAAAGAGACAAGAUGUAUGUGUGUAACCAUGAUGUCCUUAUUAGAGUGGACCCAUUUAGAGAUCUUGUGUGAAGGACCCUCCCAUGUCUUUGGCCUAAACCAAUCAGAAUGCUAUCUGACUUUGUAGGGAAAUAACAUUUCUUUUAUGGGUUUGCUCACCACCUCAACCCCAUUAUGUUCCAUGGCGGCCUUAAUCCACCCCUGGUAUUCUCCUCACAGCACAUCUGGCAGCAAACAGAUUGUGAUCACACUACAAAACACAUUGUGAUGUAUUAUAUGUAAUUGAAAAAGGUGCAGAUAGCUUGAAAGGCUUCAUUAAAGCCUCAGCUUCUAGACAGAAGAGAAGUCUUUAUGUAACUACUAUAGUAAGAACAGUAACCCAUUCUACCAUCCAGAUAGUGUAUCCAUUUUAUUUUGGUUAUAGGGGGGUAAGCUGGUGCCCCCUUCUGCCACCUCAGAUCACUGCCAGAUCCCAUACAAAUUGCUGCCAGUACCUCUCUCAUUCAUAUCAAGUGACUUAUUUUGACAUAUCAAUUAAGUUUUAACCAAAUCCUGUUUGUUUUUUUUGUUUUUUUUAAAAAUAAUAAUUUUUAUCUUUUUGAAACAAAGAAAAAACAUGUUGUGUUUUGUUUGUGUUACAUGAGGUCUUUCCAAACUCUUCAGGCUCUUGGAAGUGAGGAGGUCCUGACUGCUCCCUAACUGUCCAGCUUGGCCUUACUUACCAGUACCACAUCUACAGCACAUGUACAGGAACCCACAAUAUGGCAGGUCAAUUAUGGGGAUACCUUAUAUACAGACCAGUAUCGCUGAUUUCCGCUUACCUCUGCAAAUCAUAAAGUGCUUUCUUGUACGCCUCCCUUGUACAGCGUCAGAUUCUGACAUCUAGCAUCCCUGCAGGCGGACACCUCUGCAAAGCCUAAAAAGCUGAGAAUGCAGCUUCAUAAAUCUAGUCCAUCGUUUAUUUUAUCAAAGGGACAGUCAAGUCCAAAAAAACUUUUAUGUUUUAAAUAGGGCAUGUAAUUUUAAACAACUUUCCAAUUUAAUUUUAUCACCAAUUUUGCUUUGUUCUUUUGGUAUUCUUAGUUAAAAGCUAAACCUAGGAAGGCUCGCCCUUGAAGGCCGCCUCUUAUUACAUGCUUUUUUUUUUGGCUUUUCACAACAGGGGAGAGCUAGUUCAUGUCAUAUAGAUACCACUGUGAUAACGCCCGUGGAUUGUGACAAACACUGCACUAAUUGGCUAAAAUGAAAGUCAAUAGAUAAUAAAUAAAAUGUCAUGUGAUUAGGGGGCUGUCAGAAGAUGCUUAGAUACAAGUUAAUCACAGAGGUGAAAAGUAUAUCAAUAUAACAGUAAAAAUAUCAAAAAUAAGAGAGGGCGCAUAUAUUAUAUAUACACCGAACAACUUUAAAAAACAACAUACACAGCUCAUUCAAUAUAUGGCACUUGUACCUAUUAACAUACAAUUAUAUCAAAGUCCCAUGUUUAAAGUCACAAUGAUAGUGCAAAAAAUCAGGUAUGGCUGCACUCCUCUUCACAGAAGAUACUGGAAAAAUUGUUUAAUAGAAGAAAGAGAGGGACGCCUCAUGUGUAGAAUCACCAAACCAAAAAAGCCAAAGCUUAUGCACUCGAGCCAAAUUGGUACUCACAUUUAAAAUAAGCACCCCAAUGUGCUAAUGGAAGCAUGUCUGAGGAAACGGCCCUUCGCGUUGCAUUAGAGGGGAUUAUCCCCUUGACCACUACUUGUUGUUAUUUUCUUUUAAUAUUUUAAUUUCAAUUUUUGUUUUCAGUCUUUUAAUAAAAAUGUUUUUUACUAUAACACAAGUAUAGUGGUUUCUACCUUACCUCUCAUUUCCCAGUAUUGUGCUGUUUGUGCAUUUAACCUGUUUUUGGACCAUAUCGUUGGUAACACCUGGAGUGGGUGAGCUGAUACGCCCUAACCUAAAAUGAUCAGUCUGCAUCUACCAGCACAUAGGUUUGCUAAUGGUCAUUGUGAGUACCCAUUUGGCAUAAUUAUCUCCAUUGUUCCAUCUAUUUGGUUGAUCUUCACAUGUGGUUUCCUUUGUUGUCUUGACUCUCCAUUACAGACACACCUGGCGGGGAUAUCCUGGAGUGGGUGUACUGACACCAUAUUAUGUCAGUCUUCUUCCAUUAGCACAUUGGGGCACUUAUUUUAAAUGUGAGUACUAAUUUGACUCGAGUGCGUAAGCUUUGGCUUUUUUGAUUUGGUGAUUCUACACAUGAGGCGCCCCUCUCUUUCUUCUAUUUUAUCAAUAUAACAGUGUUGCAUGUGCAAAACUGGGGAAUAGGUAACAAAGGGAUUAUCUAUAUUUUUAAACAAUAAAAAUUCUGGUGUUGACUGUCCCUUUAAGUCCAUGAAAGAAACAGGCACUUUUGUUUAUUUGCACAUUUAAUUGUUAUGCAAACUAAAUGUAGGGACGUUAACAAUUGUUUUUCUACACUUAAUGCAUCUGUCCUUAUCAGGCCAAUAAAGAUAAGGAGGUUGUGAACCCACCUGUGAACAUUCUUCUUAAAGGGACAGUCUAAAAUAUAAUUUCUUUCCUAAGACAUGGAGAGUCCACAACAUCAUUACAAUUUACUAGUGAGAAUAUCACUCCUGGCCAGCAGAAGGAGGCAUAGAGCACCACAGCAAAGCUGUUAAGUGUCACUCCCCAUCCAUAAUCCCAAAUCAUUCUCUUUGCUUCUGUCAAUGUAGGAGGUGAAGUUUUGGUGUCUGAAGAAAUUAAUUCCUUUUUUGGGUACUUUUCCCUGCAAGCAAGGAUUUGGGUUUAGCUGAGUCCACGUCAAUCUCUUCAGUAGAGUAGUGGUGGCUUUUAAGCAGUUAGAAGGUUGUGAGGUAGUCCUUACUUUGUUUCUUAACAUAUUGCUGCCCUAGUUAUAGAAAGCCAGAGUACGUUACUCUGUUCUUUCUUUUGUCUACAGGUCUCUGUAAUGAGUAUGUGUCCUUUCACGCCUUGUGAGCUGUCUUCCUGACAGCUAGAUUGCAGGUAAGUUUUUUUUUUUUUUUGUCUUCUAGGUACUCGAGACUUGCACAUCAGAAGAUCAUUAAUUCUGCAAUAUUAAUUGGGACAUCAUUUUCCUGUAUUCAGGAUUUGUUUGGGCAGUGAGCAGGCACAAUUGUAUGUGGGGAGACUAGUGGUUAAAUUUCCCUUAUCUAAGGGAUUGUUCCUCUGGGGCUCUUUAUUGUUUAAAUCUUUUAAUUUAUUAAUGUUAUGUAUGUGUGAGAUAGGUAGACUCUCUUGCUAGAUGUCUGGCUUCAGGAGCUUUCUUUACACAUAUAAAUACUUGUUUGACCAGCAAUUUAAAAUGGUCUGUUAAUGUGCUUUGAUGAGACUUUUUCUGUGGAGACCGGGAGCUGCUUGUGUACAGGGGAAAAUCGCUGUUACUAGGCAGUUGGUGGAAAGUGCGCUUUUAGUAUCUGCGCAAUUCCUGUGGUGCCGGUUAUGUGACCCUCAGUUCUUCCGACUAUGGAGCUGAGCAGCAUCACUGAUUCUUGCAGUUUUUGUGUCGGCUGGUGAGAAAUCAUCUGAUAGCAAGUCUCUGUGCAUAUAUUGCUUCUGGAUUGCGAAGGGCACCUCAUCUGGGGUGUAGAGGUCCAGAGAUGUUUUCUUUUCUUUUUGGGUGGUUAAUUAUUAUAACUCUUGGGAUAAUAAGACUACUCUUAAACUUACAGUAGUCGUUUUUUUCAGACUUGCUUACGCCUUUUAAUUUUGGGGAAAAGAAUUUUAAUUUCAAGCUAUGGACAUUUAUAAUCAAAUUGUUUCUUUCAAUAAAUGUUUAUUAUGUCUAGAGGCCCAAAUUGUUUCACCUAUGCGAUUGUGUGCUUAUUGUUUAGCUAGAACGCUAGAGUGUAAAAAUAAAUUGUUGCCCUAUGAGCCCAAUGUCUCUCAGGAGGAUGCUGUUCAGGCAUUGCCACAGCUUGUUCCUCAAACGUCCCAAGCCUCUAUGGUGUCACAUACAGUGCCCUGCAGUUCAUCUCAGCCUCCUGGAGGAGUUUAUUUGCCUUCAAAUUUUGCUGUUCAGGUAUCUUCUGCGGUAUCUACGGCAUUAUCUGCUUUCCCUAUGCUGGGGAAACGCAAGAGGAAAAUUAGACAUUCAGAUAGUAAGGUUUCUGUUCCACCUACUGCUAUGCAGGUUGCCCUGCCUCACAAAUCUGAUGAGGAGGAUAUGUCGGUAGCCUCUGAGGAGGAAAUCUCAGAUUCGGACAGUAUAAUUCCUUUAUCUGAUACUGAAGAAGUAAACUUCAGAUUUAAGCUUGAACACCCUCGUGUACUGCUAAAGGAGGUAUUGGCUACUUUGGACGACUCUGACUCUCCUGUUGUGGUCAACCCUAAAACAUCUAGUAAGCUUAAUAAAUAUUAUGAUGUUCCUUCCUCUGUGGAAGUGUUUCCUGUUCCAGACCGUGUGACGGAGAUUAUUUUGCAGGAAUGGGAGAAGCCAGGGAUAUAUUUUUCCCCAUCUCCAGUCUUUAAAAAGAUGUUUCCUGUUACUGACUCCAUUAAAGAGUCAUGGCUAACGGUGCCUAAAGUAGAAGGGGCUAUUUCUACUCUGGCUAAGAGAGCUAUGAUCCCUAUAGAGGAUAGCUGCUCCUUUAAGGAUCCCAUGGACAAGCUGGAGGCUUAUUUGAAAAAGAUGUAUGUUCAUCAGGGUCUUCAAUGGCAACCUGCAGUUUGUAUUGCCACAGUAGCAAGUGCAGCAUCUUAUUGGUGCAAUGCCUUGUCUGAAUCAAUUUAAGAAGAGGCAACGGGUUGACGAACAAACCCCAUGUACCAGGUUCUUCAUACCCACUAUCGGCAGUUGCUAUAACAAAUGCCCUCCGACAGGGGAAACCCAAAACCCAGGGUGAACUGGCCAAAUGGGAUGACCGGAUGUUCUCUUCUUAGUUCAAAGUGGCGCAAUUUCACCACUACUUUAAUAACCAUAAGGUUGGGGCUUCGCUGUCCAGACAGAAGAUGUUCUUUGAAACUCUUUGCACCACAGAACAUGCACCAAGACACUUAAUCUCACUUCUGUACAGCUUGCUACAGGAAGUAGGGGAGGAACAUCCCUAUGUAGACACAUGACGGAGAGAGUUAGGCUUAGAAAUUGACACCAAAUCCUGGCUGAGAAUCUUUGACACAGCCAAGAAGGCUUCGGUCUCUUCAAGGUUACAGGAAAUGCACUAUAAAUUCCUAAGUCACUGGUACUUGACCCUCCAAAGGCUAAAAAAAAAUAUACCCAAAUACAAAUGGGGAGUGCUGGAGAGGCUGCGGAGAAGAGGGGACCCUCUUGCAUAUCUGGUGGGCGUGCCCCUUGGUACGACCCUUUUGGGAAAGCAUGUUUCUGGAGAGCAGCAGGCUCUUGAACGUUAUUCUACCCCCAGAACUACUUAAUAUACCACAAACUACCCAAAAUAACUGAAGAAGCGAAACAGCGGCUAUUUUUAUUAAUGCUGAAUAGCACCAAAAGCCUCAUCCCAAAACAUUGGAAAUCACAGCAAGUUCCAAGCAUGGCUGAAUGGAAAGCCCAGGUCCGUGAUCUGCUUGGGUUGGAGAGAUACCACUAUUUUAAGAUGGGCAAACUGGCCACUCAUGAAUAUAUGCUGGCGACCUGGGAGGGCAGAGGCCCCUAGAGCUAUCCAGAAUUUGAGGGACUGGUCAUGACAGCACUUGUAGAUUAGCCCCACACACCUACCUCUCCCCUUUUUUUUUUUGUCACCAUCCUCUCCUCCUCCCAUCUUGCUUAAUUCCUUCUCCUUCAUUUCCUUUACUCCUCAGCAGGCAAACAAACCAAGCCUUUAGUGUCUCCUGCUGGAUGUGUUAAUUUAUAGGGGUACACAAUAUUGUUUUAUUAUUGUUCUGUUAUAAAAGGUUUGGCGAGACGCCUAAUGUGUUCAGCAUUCAAGUACUAAACCGCUGUCUGCACAAAAGUGCAGACCUUGAAACAAGCCUGAAAAUAACAAAUGGACUAAUCUUAGUAUCACCAAAAGACUUUAAUAACUUUACGAUUGAUUGAACUGAUGCAGUUGCAGGUGUAAACAUUCUUGAUGUAUUUCUCUCUGUAAACUGUUCUCUAUUUGAUCUCAACUGUCUGAUUACAAUUGUAUAACUUUACUCAAUAAAGCUUGUUUCAAUAAAAAACAAAACAACAAAAAACCUUGUUUGGGCCUGGCCUGGCAGAAAUCAUUUCUGAUAUUACUGGUGGAAAGGGGUCUUUUCUACCGCAAGACAAGAAGAACAGACUCAAAGGACAUCAAAGUAAUUUUCGUUCCUUUUGUAACUUCAAGGGUCAAAAGUCUUCCUCUUCCAAGUCUUCUUGGAAACCUAAUCAGUCUUGGAAGAAGGGGGAAGCAAUCAAAGAAACCCUCAGCUGAGUCUGUCAGCAUGAAGGGUCGGCCCCCGUCCGGGAUUGGAUCAAGUGGGGGGCAGACUUUUCUCUGUUUUAUCAAGCAUGGGUACGAGAUGUCCCAGAUUCUUGGGCUGUGGACAUAGUAUAUAAGGGGUACAAAAUUGAAUUCAAAUCUUGCCCUCCAAGGGGCAGAUUUCACCUCUCAAGACUAUCUGCAGACCAGGUAAAAAGAGGCAUUCUUGAACUGCGUUCAGGAUCUUUUUUCCCUGGGAGUGAUUGUUCUAGUUUCACUAAGGGAUCAGGGUCUAGGAUUUUAUUCAAAUCUGCUUGUGGUUCCCAAAAAAGAGGGAACUUUUCGAUCCAUUUUAGGUACCGUCCUUCAAAAUAGAAACCAUUCGUUCCAUUCUUCCUUUGGUCCAAGAGGGUCAGUUCAUGACGACCAUAGACCUGAAGGACGCGUAUGUUCAUGUUCCCAUCUACAGGGAUCAUCACAAAUUCCUGAGAUUUGCUUUUCUAGUCAAGCACUUUCAGUUUGUGGCUCUUCCGUUUGGCCUUGCCACAGCUCCCAGAAUCUUCUCAAAGGUUCUGGGGGCUCUCUUGGCAGUGAUCAGGUCUCAGGGAAUUGCUGUGGCGCCCUAUCUGGACGACAUAUUGGUUCAGGCACCAUAUUUUCAACAAGCAAACUCUCAUACAACUGGGAGGCAGAUUUUCUGAGCAGACACUUUUCAUCCCAGGGAGUGGACUCUCCAUCCGGAGGUGUUCUCCAGGUUAACCCUCAAGUGGGGGGGUGCCGAGUUGGAUCUGAUCCGCAGGCCUCUCUGAUAGAUGCUCUGGCGGUUCCUUGGGUUUUCGGUCUAGCAUAUCCGUUUCCUCCGUUUGCGCUCCUUCCACGAGUCAUUGCUAGUAUAAAACAGGAGAGAGCGUCUGUAAUUAUAAUAGCUUCUGCAUGGCCUGGCAGGAUCUGGUAUGCAGACCUAGUGAAGAUGUCAUCUCUGCCACCUUGGAGGUUGCCUCUGAGUAAGGACCUUCUAAUUCAGGGUCCUUUCCUCCAUCCAAAUCUCGGUUCUCUGAAGCUGACUGCUUGGAGAUUGAAUGCUUAGUUCUGGCUAAGCGUGGGUUUUCUCAGUCGGUCAUUGAGACCAUACUGCAGGCUCGUAAGCCUGUUACUCGUAAAAUUUACCAUAAGAUAUGGCGUAAAUACCUUUAUUGGUGUGAAUCGAAGAGCUCUUGGAGUAGGGUCAGGAUUCCUAGAAAUUUGUCCUUUCUCCAGGAAGGUCUGGAGAAAGGGUUGUCAGUCAGUUCUCUGAAAGGUCAGAUUUCUGCAUUAUCUAUUCUUUUACAUAAGCGUCUAGCGAAUGUGGUAGAUGUUCAAUCUUUUUCUCAUGCCUUGGUCAGAAUCAGAUCUGUGUUUAAACCUGUUGCUCCUCCUUGAAGCCUUAACCUUGUUCUUAAAGUUUUGCGGCAGGCUCCAUUUGAGCCAAUGCAUUCCAUAGAUUUGGUUGUUAUCUUGGAAGGUUUUGUUUCUUAUUGCUAUUUCUUCUGCUCGGAGAGUUUCAGAACUCUUGGCUUUGCAGUGUGAUUCGCCUUACCUUAUCUUUCAUGUGGAUAAGGCAGUUCUUCGUACUAAAUUGGGUUUUUUACCUAAAGUGGUUUUGGAUAGAAAUAUUAAUCAGGAAAUUCUUGUUCCUUCUCUGUCCUAAUCCAUCUUCUCAUAAGGAAUGUCUGUUGCACAACUUGGAUGUUGUGCAUGCUCUAAAAUUCUACCUACAGACGGCUAAGGAUUCUACCCUGUUUGUUUCUCAGGAAAGCUUAAGGGUCAGAAGGCUACUGCUACUUCUCUUUCCCUCUGGUUGAGAAGUAUAAUUUGUUUUGCUUAUGAGACUGUUGGUCAGCAGCCUCCUGAGAGAAUUACAGCUAAUUCCACUAGGGCUGUCUCCUCUUUUUGGGCUUUCAAAAAUGAAGCUUCUGUGGAACAGAUUUGCAAGGCUGCAACUUGGUACGCUCUGCAUACUUUUUCAAAUUUUCCAAAUGUGAUACUUUUGCCUCGGCUGAGGCCUCUUUUGGGAAAAAGGUUCUUCAAGCAGUGGUGUCUUCUGUUUAGGUCUGCCUGUCUUGUUCUCCCUCCCUAUUAAUUCCGUGUCCUCUAGCUUGGGUAUUGGUUCCCACUAGUAUUUGGAAUUAUGUUGUGGACUCUCCAUAUCUUAGAAAAAGAAAACAAAAUUUAUGCUUACCUUAUAAAUUUAUUUAUUUCCGGACAUGGAGAGUCCACGACCCCACCCUUAAUUAGACAGUUAUUUUUUACUAAACCUCAGGCACCUCUACACCUUUGUGUUAUUCAUUUUUCCAUUUCUCUUCAGUUUAAUGACUGGGGAUUAUGGGUGGGGGUGUGACACUUAACAACUUUGCUGUGGUGCUCUUUGCCUCCUCCUGCUGGCCAGGAGUGAUAUUCCCACUAGUAAUUGGAAUGACGUUGUGGACUCUCCAUGUCCAGAAAGAAAGAAAUGUAUGAGGUAAGCAUACAUUUUGUUUUUUAUUGUUUUAAAAGGCAGAUAAUGCCUUUAUUACCCAUUCCCCAGUUUUGCAUAACCAAUACAGUACACUACACAGUACACUGCGGCCCUAGCAAGAACGGACCUAUAAACAUGUCACUGUUAUUGGUAAACUGUGGCCCUAACAGGGAACAAGCCCAUAAUAAUGUCACUGUCAUAAGCAGUGGUCCCAGCACAUACUCAAUCUACAACCAUGUCCCUAUCAUUAGUGUAUUUUGUCACAAGUCACUAUCUUUAGUACACUUUAGCUCUAGCUCAACCCAUAAACAUAUCACUGCUACUAGCAGACUGAGCAAAUAAACAUAUCGCUGCUACUAGCAGACUGAGCAAAUAAACAUGUCACUGCUACUAGCAGACUGAGCAAAUAAACAUAUCACUAGCUACUAGCAGACUGAGCAAAUAAACAUAUCACUAGCUACUAGCAGACUGAGCAAAUAAACAUAUCACUGCUACUAGCAGACUGAGCAAAUAAACAUAUCACUGCUACUAGCAGACUGAGCAAAUAAACAUGUCACUGCUACUAGCAGACUGAGCAAAUAAACAUAUCACUGCUACUAGCAGACUGAGCAAAUAAACAUAUCACUGCUACUAGCAGACUGAGCAAAUAAACAUAUCACUAGCUACUAGCAGACUGAGCAAAUAAACAUAUCACUAGCUACUAGCAGACUGAGCAAAUACAUAUCACUGCUACUAGAAGACUGAGCAAAUAAACAUAUCACUGCUACUAGCAGACUGAGCAAAUAAACACAUCACUGCUACUAGCAGACUGAGCAAAUAAACAUAUCACUGCUACUAGCAGACUGAGUAAAUAAACAUAUCACUGCUACUAGCAGACUGAGUAAAUAAACAUAUCACUGCUACUAGCAGACUGAGCAAAUAAACAUAUCACCGCUACUAGCAGACUGAGCAAAUAAACAUAUCACCGCUACUAGCAGACUGAGCAAAUAAACAUGUCACCGCUACUAGCAGACUGAGCAAAUAAACAUAUCACCGCUACUAGCAGACUGAGCAAAUAAACAUAUCACCGCUACUAGCAGACUGAGCAAAUAAACAUAUCACCGCUACUAGCAGACUGAGCAAAUAAACAUAUCACCGCUACUAGCAGACUGAGCAAAUAAACAUAUCACUAGCUACUAGCAGACUGAGCAAAUAAACAUGUCACCGCUACUAGCAGACUGAGCAAAUAAACAUGUCACCGCUACUAGCAGACUGAGCAAAUAAACAUAUCACCGCUACUAGCAGACUGAGCAAAUAAACAUAUCACCGCUACUAGCAGACUGAGCAAAUAAACAUAUCACUAGCUACUAGCAGACUGAGCAAAUAAACAUAUCACCGCUACUAGCAGACUGAGCAAAUAAACAUAUCACCGCUACUAGCAGACUGAGCAAAUAAACAUAUCACCGCUACUAGCAGACUGAGCAAAUAAACAUAUCACUGCUACUAGCAGACUGAGCAAAUAAACAUAUCACUAGCAUUGGUACAUAUAAGCUCUAUCAGGGACUGAGCCUUUAACGUCACUGUAGUCUUUUACUCUAGCAGGCACGAGGCCCAUAAAACUUCUCACUGUCAUUAGUAGAAUGUGGCACCAUCAGAGACUCUACUCAUAAUCAUGUCACUGUACAUCCUGGCCCUAGCAGGGAUUGAGCCCAUAAUCAUGUCACUGCAUUAGUACACUUUGGCCCUAUCAGAGAAUGUGCUCCUAAUCAUGUCACUGCAUUAGUACACUUUGGCCCUAUCAGAGAAUGUGCUCCUAAUCAUGUCACUGCAUUAGUACACUUUGGCCCUAUCAGAGAAUGUGCUCCUAAUCAUGUCACUGCUUUAGUACACUUUGGCCCUAUCAGUGGCUGUGGUCCUAAUCAUGUCACUGCAUUAGGACAAUGUGGCCGUAUCAGUGGCUGUGGUCCUAAUCAUGUCACUGCAUUAGGACAAUGUGGCCCUAUCAGUGACUCUGCUCCUAAUCAUGUCACUGCAUUAGGACAAUGUGGCCGUAUCAGUGACUCUGCUCCUAAUCAUGUCACUGCAUUAGGACAAUGUGGCCCUAUCAGUGACUCUGCUCCUAAUCAUGUCACUGCAUUAGGACAAUGUGGCCCUAUCAGUGACUCUGCUCCUAAUCAUGUCACUGCAUUAGGACAAUGUGACACUAUCAAAGAAUGUGCUCCUAAUCAUGUCACUGCAUUAUUAUACUGUGGCCCUAUCAGUGACUCUGCUCCUAAUCAUGUCACUGCAUUAGGACAAUGUGACCCUAUCAAAGAAUGUGCUCCUAAUCAUGUCACUGCAUUAGUAUACUGUGGCCCUAUCAGUUACUCUGCUCCUAAUCAUGUCACUGCAUUAGUAUACUGUGGCCCUAUCAGUGACUCUGCUCCUAAUCAUGUCACUGCAUUAGUACACUGUGACUCGUGCAGGGACUGAGCCUAUAAACAUGUCAUAUUCAUUGGUAGCACAGAAUGGCCCUAGGAGGGACUGAGCCUAUAAACAUGUCAUUGUCAUUAGUACACUGUGACUCGUGCAGGGACUGAGCCUAUAAACAUGUCAUUGUCAUUAGUACACUCUGACUCGUGCAGGGACUGUACCCAUAAACAUGUCACUGUCAUUGCUAGCAUAGAAUGGCCCUAGGAGGGACUGAGCCUUUAAACAUGUCAUUGUCAUUAGUACACUGUGACUCGUGCAGGGACUGUACCCAUAAACAUGUCACUGUCAUUGGUAGCACAGAAUGGCCCUAGGAGUGACAGCCUAUAAACAUGUCAUUGUCAUUAGUACACUGUGACUCGUGCAGGGACUAUACCCAUAAACAUGUAAUUGUCAUUAGUACACUGUGACUCGUGCAAGGACUGUACCCAUAAACAUGUCAUUGUCAGUACACUGUGACUUGUGCAGGGACUAUACCCAUAAACAUGUCAUUAGUACAUUGUAACGCGUGCAGGGACUGAACCCAUAAACAUGUCACUGUCAUUAGUAUACUGUGACUCGUCCAGGGACUGAUCCUAUAAACAUGUCUCUGUCGUUAGUACACUAUGACUCGUGCAGGGACUAUACCCAUAAACAUGUCAUUAGUACACUGUGACUCGAGCAGGGACUGUACCCAUAAACAUGUCAUUGUCAUUAGUAUACUGUGACUCGUGCAGGGACUGUACCCAUAAACCUGUCAUUGUCAUUAGUACACUGACUCGAGCAGGGAUUGUACCCAUAAACAUGUCAAUGUCAUUAGUACACUGACUUGAGCAGGGACUGUACCCAUAAACCUGUCAUUGUCAUUAGUACACUGUGACUCGAGCAGGGACUGUACCCAUAAACAUGUCGAUAUCAUUAGUACACCAUUGCCGUAGCAGAACCUGAGACAAUAGUCAUGUUACUGUGAUUAGGACACCUGAGAACCCUCAAGCCAUUUUACAACUUAUAGUUAACUUGUGCAUCUGUUUAGACUCAAUUUAUAUUGUUACUGACUUCAGGUGGUCACACAGAGGGUAACCUAACUCCUGUAAGAUGCCUUAAUGCAUCCAAGAUUUGAAGUUUGAUACAAACUAUCCCUUUGCUUCUCUCCAAAGGGAAUGGAACACAAGAGAGACUCAUUUUAUACAACAUAUCAGCAGAUUUAUAAUAUCAAGGGGAGGAAUGUGUGUCUUUUUUCUCCACCAGGUGCAUCUAAUCUAUACGAAGAGCCAGAAGGCUGUAGCUAGUGAUGUUUGUACAACCAAAGAACUUUAUUUUGCAGUUCACAAAGAAUAAAAACAUAAUUUGCCAA